GAACGCCCUCUCCUACUCUCUAUUCUUGCCUACCACGCCUCCCAACUGUUCCCCUUAAAUAAGCAUUGCCCUACUAUAAGCCCUUAGCUGAGAAACUACCUUGUGAAUAAGACUGAAAGACUCUUAUCCAGAAUGUCUGGUCCUGCUGUCGGCUCAGACCCCGUUAACGGGUAUAACAAAGAGGCUGGGGUGCCGCCGCCAACCAACGGGCAUCAUGUUCAAACUCAGGGCCCUCCUGCUGGGAUGUCUCAGUAUCCGCAGUACCAAUAUACUCCGUUUGGCAACGCCCAAGACCCGAAUCUUCAAGGCCAGCCUCAUCAGGCCAUGAUCUCCCAGGUCUACCAGCCUACUUUGGGCAAAAUUGGUAACCCAGGUCCUCUUGGCCUGAUCGGCUUCGCCCUGACUACAUUCGUUCUCGGGCUCUAUCAAUGUGGUGCUGGUCUUCCCAACUCCAACCCUUUGGGUACUGUUGGUCCUGACCAAGCCGUCUUUGGUGUCGCCGUAUUCUUCGGGGGUAUGGCCCAGUUUGUCGCUGGCGUCAUGGAAUUCGUGCUUGGCAAUACUUUCGGUUGCACCCUCCACUGCUCAUACGGGGCUUUCUGGCUUGCUUUUGCCAUGUUCCUUGUCCCUACGUUGGGCAUUCAGGCCGCAUAUAAUGGAGACCAGCGUGCCUUUAGCUUUGCCGUCGGCAUUUUCCUCAUUAUAUGGUGCUUCCUCACCAUCAUCUUCUUCGUUGCAGCGCUCAAGACCAACUUCACAAUCUUGAUGGUGCUUGGCCUGCUCGCUCUUUCUUUCUUCUUUCUCAGCAUCGCGCAGUUCGUCUCGACCGAGCACCUCACUGCCGCGGUUCGCUUGAACCGUGCUGGUGGAGCUUUCGCCGUCUUCUGUGCCAUGUUUGCAUUCUAUGCUGGAGCUGCUGGUCUCAUGCUUAAGGAUACGACAUUUGUCACCUUCCCGCUCGGAGAAAUUCCAUAUCCCUCGGUCAGAAGGGAGAGGGCGGCGAAAGCGCACCAGGUUUAAUCACCCAAAAAGCAAAAAAAAUCAGGACGACUGGUUCGCCUCAGAGUAUGCCAUUGAACUAUGCCGUUUACGGCAUUGUUAUAAUAAUUUUACGAGAGUGG